UCAAAAACGUGUCGCUCCCGAUUGCAUUAUUAGCCCAAACGACGCGACGGACUCUAACAACUCCCCUUCUACUCCCCCUCGCCUGUUUUCUUGGAGUGUUUCCUCUCCGGCGGCAACUUUCCGUUUCUCUUUAUAUUCAGAAUUCUAAUUCCAGCGUUCCGGCAUCCGAUAAUCGGCCGCUCUUUUUCGUUCCGCGUCGCCGGCGCGGAAAAUUGUACCUCGUGUCUUUCUAUUAUAUGAUUCUUUUUUCAUCUCAUGACCGUGUUUUCUUUCUCUUCUUCUUUUUAAUUCCAAUGAGUUUCUGAUAGGCCUAGAAGAACUUUGCUGAUGUUAAUCUCUUGUUUGAGGAUACGAUUCUGGAAUCGAAGUUAAGCGUUUUAGGUCAAUAGAGUUUCGCAAUUCGAUUUCCCUUCUUUCUCGUUUCUUUACUUGUUCUGUGAGAGGGGGAAUCGUUCCGGUCAAUUUUGAUCGUGAAAAGUGGAAAGGAUUCGGUCUGUAUUCUUUCCGUAACCUAAAUUGAUAAUUAAAGUAAGUGUUGUGGAUCGUUGUUGUGAGAAUGGAUCGAGAGGACAAAAGGUGCACAUCGUAGUUCGUAAGCUUUCCAAAGCCCUAGGUGGAGAAAUUGUUGGAGAUUGUGAAAUCGUUAGAGAGAGAGGCCGUUUAGAAAUGGCGGAUUCAGAUAACGAAUCGGGAGGUCACAACAGCAACGCUAACAGCGAGCUAUCGGCGAAGGAGCAGGACAGAUUCUUGCCGAUAGCGAACGUGAGCAGGAUCAUGAAGAAGGCGUUACCAGCAAACGCAAAAAUCUCAAAAGAUGCAAAAGAAACAGUACAAGAGUGUGUAUCGGAGUUCAUAAGCUUCAUAACAGGAGAAGCAUCGGACAAGUGCCAAAGAGAGAAAAGGAAGACAAUCAACGGCGAUGAUUUGCUGUGGGCCAUGACCACGCUUGGAUUCGAAGAGUAUGUGGAACCGCUCAAGACUUAUCUUCAAAAGUACAGGGAAAUGGAAGGGGAAAAGAGCACUAUGGGGAGACAAGGGGAGAAAGACGGUGGUGGUGGUGGGCCCGGCGGCAGUGGUGGAGGAGUCAACUCUUCUGGUACUGCUGCUGGUGGCGCCGGUGGUGGAUACAACGGAGUGGGUGGAAUGUAUGGUGGGGUAAUGAUGAUGGGUCAUCAUCAGGGAGGCGUUUAUGGUGGUGCUGGAUUUCAUCAUAUGGGAAUUGGCGGCGGGAAAGGAGGAAGUGGUGCUUCCGGCACCGGGCACCGGUAGUGGUGUGGGACUGCUGCAAGGUCAAGCUAAGUGGGCUGUGUGCUAGUUGGAACCUUUUAAAGGUUCUCCAACUUUUGAGCAUCAUUGAUGACUUUUUAGGAAGUUAAUAAGAAUUUUUUUUCCUCCUUUUGGGUCAUUGAAAGUUGUGGAAAACUACUUGGGUCUUGUCAAAUUUCUCUAUUUUUCCUUUUUUUUUUUCCCUUUUUUCUUUGUAUAAGUGUAAUUUGUGUAUCUUGUGUGUAAGAGGGAUAUAUGAUAAAUAUGAUUGCAUUUGUACAAUUGUAACCCCUAAUUUUACACCAACUAAUUGCUAAGACCCUUUUCUCCUAA